UAUUUUAUUGUCUGGUGGAUGCAACUGACCCAUUUCAUUUGGUACAAACGAACAUUCACCCAAAACAAGCAGAACGAGAGAGGCAUCUGAUGCUUUGAUUUGGAAGAUGGGAGAUGGGAAUCACAGUAUGUGGGGCCAUUUACCACUUCUGGUAAGAGCCAACUCCAAAGAAUCGGUGGAGUACAUACUCCAAGCCCUCUGGCGGACCCGCCGAACCGGCCUCGACGCCGCCGACCGACAGAUAUUCCGGGAUAUACUUCAGCUCCCCAACGAUUCUGAUCUCGACCCUCUAUUAGUAUGCCUACGAGUACUGAUACGGAGGUCUGUUUACGACAAUGUAAAUAAAGAUGAGAUUCAGAAAUUGUUCCCUGCUGAAGUCCUGCCUGAAUUGCAGAGAUUGUUGACACUUCUACUGCAAAAGUUCCAAAAGGAGUGGCGAGAGGAUAUAUCAAAAGAUCAGGUUGUCUUGCCCCGGUUGAAGUCAAUGACAUGGAACAUGGCAAAUCAAAAUGUGGAAAGAACAGAGCCUACAGCAGUUAUUAAUUUGAAGCUUCACAGUGAUGUUCAGCCAAACUUGGGUGAAAGGGAUGUCAAGUUCCAAUUGGCAAAAGAUACUAUGGAAAUGAUGUUGAAAUCCAUGUAUUGUAUAAGAGACCAGUUGUCAGAAUCUGGUGAAAUGCCAGACAGACACAUGGUUCAGAAUUCUAAUGUGGUUUAAGGUUCAAUCUUCUGCUAAUAUAAAGGAAAGAGGCCUACUUGAUGCUUGCUUACAAGUCCUAUUUGUGGUAGAGCGGGUGGGAGUUCUCAUUGGCAAAAAGUGGAUAGGCUAUUAGCAAUGGCACUAGCUAUCAAGUAUAAACAUAUCGUUCCCAAGAGGAUUUGAUGAAAUAAGUCCCAAAACUAUAACUAGUCCCUAAUUAUUUGUAUGAUUGAGAUUUUAGAGAUGAAUUACUACUACAGAGAAAAUAAAUUUUUUUCAGAAAAGUCAAGUUGGAGAACUUCAAUAAUAGAUGAGAUGCUAAUGCUAUAGUUAACCUAAUUAAUUCAAUGAAUAUAAUAUUAACAAAUUAAUCUAUCAAAACAUUUAUUUUCAUAAACAAGGUUUUUUCCAAGUUAAUGUGAUAUACUUUCUUAAGUUAUACUUAAUCUAUUAAUUUUUUAGAAAUUAGUGGAUCUCUCUCGUAUCUAAUUCUCGAGACAAUAAUGCAUUAAGUUCUACGAAAAACCAAUUCACUUAGAUGAAUCAUGCCUACGUAUCUCUAAAUAUCAUUCAAUUCACACCAUGAAUUGACGUGUCUGUCAUGCAGAAUUCCUUCUCAGUUCAUCAAUAUAAUUUGAAUAACUCAAUAGGUGAUCAAGCUCUUAAUCUUAAGAAAAACACAAUGACUCAUGGACAUAUUUAAAAUAAAGCUGUUGAGUAAUAAGAAAAAUGUUCUAACUCAUUAUCUCAAUUAGGCGUCCAAAUAGCCUUAGUAAAUAGAAACUUAAUUCAUGAUGUAACAAUAAAAAAGAAAGAAAGAAAAACUAAGAAAACUCAUUGCAUAGAAAUCUGGCUUGAACGAAUUUCACUUGCUUUGCCAGAAUAUCUUCUCCAAAAAUGCAUUGUUUCUUGCCUUGUGUUCUGCAUUUUCUCAUUCUCUAAAAGAGAUCGUUACUAUGUUUUUUUCUUCCCCUUUUAUAUUUCUCUUCCUAGGGUUCCUCUGUUGAGUGGAAGAAAAUGAAACAACUCUACUUAAAGUUGAACUCUUCGUUUUUUCUUCAAGAUUCCUUUCAUUUCCAAAUAUCUAAUCUAAUAAAAGGAGAUAAUUACAUCAAACUAGGUCCCACAUAUUCUUUUUUCUCCGGCACUUAUUGGUCUCUCAUCUAUUUUCUCCAGUAAUUCUUGUCUAAUAAUCUGCGGUCACAACUUAACUUAUAUUCACUUCUGGGGUCCAUUCUUCUGAUAACCUGUGGUAAGUUGGCAGAGAUUCUGUUAAUUCCCUACGAUUCCUCCAAGCCCUUUUUUCAUCAAGAAGGUCUUCUUUCCUUCCAAGCUCCGUGUCAUUCAUAGAAACACCUAAAACUCCACAAAAAUUACUAACGACAAGCAUUAUGUGCUCAAAAUUAGGGAAAGUAGUAGGAAGUAAACCAUAUAACUUUAUGUUAUUAGAAUCAUCAAUAAACACUUGAAGCAAGAAAUGUUAAAUGCAUUACGUCACGCUAGUGAUGUCCUAUAAUUCAUUAAACCCAAAGACCAUCCUUUUUCUAAAAUCUUUUUACCAACCUUACCUAAAGCCCCAUUACAACUCGAAAAAGAGUUUGAUUCUUGCAUCAAAUUCACUAUUUACCGGUGGAGAUGUGAUAUAGGAGCAAAACCUAUAGUAAAAUUUUGUCAUGUUAUGACUUGAGAGUUCUUGUUUGCCCUUAAACACUUUGAGCAGAUCCAAAGAGAGGGUGUUAACUCUCGUUGCAUUUGAUUAAAAAGAUUAUUGAGAUAAUUGCUCUAUUGUGUGGCUUGUGUGAAUUUGUACUAUGAAGUCUAUUCCUAACUUGCAAUAUGAUGGUGAAUUCGUGAUGAUAUGUUGGUUUAAGUUGAAAAGGGGUGGAUAGAAAAGAAAGGGGGCACAUAUAUGAAGGAUGUGAUGAACUUGAAUUGUUGUAUGCUUGAGGACAAGCAUAGCAUAGGUGUUGGGAAAUUUGAUAACAUGAUUCUAUAUGGUUUAUUAACUAUUGGCUUGUGUUUGUUGAUUGUUAUGGGUUUUUAGGUGCUAUGAAUGUAAUGAAGCUUGGAAGGAAAGGAAACUUUUCUACGAGAAAAGAUGUUGGGAGGAAUUGCAAGGAAUUAAGAGAAUUGUUGCCAACUUAAUCCGUGCCCAUGGGUAUCUGAAAAACAUUCCCAAGAAGUGAAUAUAACUUAGCCAUGACCAUAGGUUAUUGGAUGAGCGCUGCCGGCAAAAAUAGAUGAGAGACCUAAUAAUUGCUGGAGAAAAAGGAAUAUGUGCAACCUAGUUUGAUGUGUUAAAGGGGAAGAAAAAACAUUAGGAAUGAUCUUUUUUGGAAAAGUAGAAAGCGUAGCAUGCAAGAGGAAAAGCAAAGGAAAUUCUUGGAGAAGAUAAUCUAGCAACACAAGUACAUUCCUUCAGGCUAGAUUUCAUUUUUUUGAUGUUUACUUCAUGAACUAAAUAUUUGCUAAGACUGUUGGGAAGCCUAAUUGACACAAUGAGUUGAAUAUUUUCUUAUUAAUGCACAAUUUUAUUUUCA